AACCUCUAAGUGCGUUAUGCAGCUUUCCCUACGACGUGUUUGUGUGCCCUCUCAGUGGAUUUUCACCUCUCUACCAAGCUGUUAACACACUACAACUGCUGGCGUUGUACUUUAUCCAGCCUGUUCAAUUGCUGGCUAUUAUGUACGGUGGACUUUUAAAGGAGGAGCCCAUUCAUGACCUCUCCGAUUGCAGUGUGGACCAAAUGAGCAGAUAAUAAAUCACCAGAGCUUUACUAGUGUGCUGUAAAUAGUGUUCUUUUAAGCAGGGACAGAACUUCGCCAGGGAAUCAUGGCUGGAUGUUGCAUGUCGGCGGAGGAGAAGGAGCGGCUGAGGAUAAACCAGGAGAUUGAGAAGCAGCUGAGGAAGGACAAGAGCAACUCGCGCAAAGAGAUGAAGCUGCUGCUGCUGGGCACAGGUGAAAGUGGAAAGAGCACCUUCAUCAAACAGAUGAGAAUAAUUCACGGGACUGGUUACACCGAUGAAGAUAAGAAGGAUUUCAUUAAACUGGUCCAUCAGAACAUUGUCUUUGCCAUGCAGGCCAUGUGCAGAGCGAUGGAAACGCUCAGUAUUGCCUAUGCUAAAGCAGAGAAUCAGGGUCAUGGUGCAAUGGUGAAUGAAAUGGAGAUUGAUAAGAUUAUGCGUUUGGAUGACAGCCAAGUGAGUGCCAUCCGUAGUCUAUGGGACGAUGCUGGAAUUCAGGAAUGCUAUGACCGCCGUCGAGAAUAUCAGCUGACCGACUCUGCCAAAUACUAUCUGAGUGACCUGGAUCGGAUUGCAGAAGAAGCGUAUGUCCCAUCCGAGCAGGAUAUUCUGAGGGUCAGAGUUCCUACCACUGGUAUAAUCGAGUAUCCAUUCGAUCUGGAGAAUGUCAUCUUCAAGAUGGUGGAUGUGGGAGGUCAAAGGUCAGAGCGCAGGAAGUGGAUCCACUGCUUUGAGAACGUCACCUCCAUUAUCUUUCUGGUGGCCCUGAGCGAGUAUGAUCAGGUUCUGGUUGAAUGCGACAAUGAGAAUCGUAUGGAGGAGAGCAAAGCUUUGUUUAAAACCAUCAUCACAUAUCCUUGGUUCCAGCAGUCUUCUGUAAUCCUCUUUCUCAAUAAGACAGACAUCUUGCAGGAGAAGAUCGCUAACUCUCACAUAGUGACUUACUUCCCAGAAUUCACAGGCCCCAAAAAUGAUGCAAAAGCCGCCCAGGAGUUCAUUCUUCAGAUGUACCUCGAGCAAAAUGAAGACAAAGAGAAAGCCCUCUAUUCCCACUUCACCUGCGCCACUGACACAGAGAACAUCCGUCUGAUCUUUGCCGCUGUGAAAGACACCAUCAUCAAACAGAAUCUCAAAGAUUUCAACCUGGUUUAAAAUCCGUCCUUUUCCAGAUGGUCAUAAGCCCUUAGUCUUAAUAACUCCUUACUCCGGAUCUAAUUCUGAAUAGAUGUAGUUGUUACAUUACCUUCUAUGUUCUAAUGUUGACUAAGGACUUAUAUUGGGGAGUUGCCUUAUGAAGAAGAGCUGAACCAGGUCCCACAGAUCAAGCCUUUAUCUACCAUUACAACAACUUGUUUAGGUCUUCUUAUAGAUGGAUAGGCUACAUCUAGCACAGAUGUAGUGGUGGCUGUUUUCUCUCUGGGAGUAGGAGUUACAAAAGGUAACCAACUUAAGGCAUUUUAAGCCACAAGACGAAACUCAUUUUGCUCUUAUGUUACUCAUGUAAUGGAUCACAGUCUCAAGAAUACUUUGUGUAAGUGUAUUUAAAAGCAAAGUAGAGUUUACAUGUUAGUUUAAAAAUGAUAUCUUUAACAAAAGAUACCUUGUGUAGAAUUGCUAUUAUGUCCGAUACAUGGCUAGCCAUAUGUAGAAACCAAAGGCAAGAAUGAAGAUGUCUUAUUGGAAAUGUUACAUUUUAAAUGAUGCGUGACUGAAAAUUUACAGGGAAAAUGACAGAAACAUUUCACAACCAUUGAGUUAUACUUAAAUUACUUAUCUGUUGAUGUUGAAAGCUGGUUGUAGCAAAACCUUAAGUGCCUUUGUAUAUUGUAAUGUCUGUAUCUGCUUAAAUAUAUAUUUUAAUUUAAUAAAUAUUAUCAAUGUUAUUGUUUUGCUUAUUAAAAUAAACAAGUUAACAACCAAAAUUGCAAAAUACAUUUAUUAUAUUAUGGUUUAAAAAGAUGUCAAUUAUACAAUUAUAUGUAUACCCUAGAAUUCUACAGAAUGUCACACAGAGUGAAACGCAGUAUAGACCACUUUGGAAAACGUAAGCAACGCUGAUCCAGCACUGGUCCAGAAGAACUUCCUGUUUCAGUUUUUAACACUACACAAAAGUUUGAACAAAAUACAGCCAACAGAACAUUUUUAAUGUUAAAAAUAAAGAAUCCAGUUUGAUUUCCUUCUCAGUGGGUCCUUUACCAAUCCCACUAUCUUCACCCAACGCUAUCCUGAGUCAAAAUGUUAAACAAAUUUUAAAUAACAAACUAAGAUUGAAUUAUAAAUGUCACAUUUCAAAAUAAAAUACAUAAAAAUGAAACCAGAAGUGCUUCUGGACCAGUUUUUACAUAUUGCGAAGUGGUCUAUAACAAACAAAAUAAAAAUGUUCUAUAGGACUGGAUGUUAUCUAUCGGAUGAUCGGUAGGAUUGUGAAAAGUGAGCUUUCAAUUCCAGAAUGAAAGAGCAGUCAGCUGUGUCAAGGAAAAAAUUGUACGAGGCUUCAUUUUUUGAGUCUGUGUCUGGUGGAAAGUGAGAGGAGUUAGGACAUGGAAGCCAAAUUCAAAUCCACCAACCAAAUAGUUUUGUCGUAUGCCAAUGGACGUGGCUCUUUUUAAAGUGCAUUGCUGUACAUUCGCCAUGACUGCGGUAACCAUGAAAACGUUGAUGUUAAAGGUACAGUAAGCGAUUUCUGCCAAACCCUGUUGAAAAUUGAAUCAACACCCAAAGAAACAUUUUUUGAGAGGUGUAUUUGCUUUAGAUAGCGGUGUGUGUUUUGGUGUUGAUUUAAAAUAUCAACCGUGUUUUUCAGAAAGCGCUUACUGCACCUUUAAUGCCAUUAAAUUACUUUUCUCUAAUGGCAAGAUUUCUGCAAGGCUGUAUUACCUACAACAGAUAUUUGAUGUUAACAGUAACAGAUGUUUGACUAGUAAGUGACAGACUGAAAAGUAAAGAACUACAUGCCAAUGAAAGAUAAUGAAGACAAACUUUAUCAGUGCAAUAAUGUGCACUGAAUAGGGUGCAUUCUGAUUUCAUGUCGAUUUGAUUUUUAUUGAAACAUAUUUUUAUUUUGAAAGAUAGUUGCAUAUUAAGGUCCUGAAUUCUUUGCACUGUGAGAAAAAAAUUGUCAAAACAGCCAAGCCAAGCCGACGGUAGCCCUCAACAAGGUCCUAAUAUGUACUAUUCAGGUACAGAUAUGUAUACAUUUGGUACAAAUAUGUACCUCUGUCUGAGGUACUAAUAUGCACUAUUUAGAUGCAAAUGUAUACUUUUUUGCCCAGGUACACGCUAAAAACAAUGAGUUACGCAAUGAGCAAACCCAGUCCUUGGGUUAAAUUAACCUGGAAAAAUAUUUAUAUAGGUUAAAAAAACCCAGCACAGGUUAAAUUGCAACUCGACAUUGAGAA